CUUCCUGUUUGUCCUCCUCGGUCCUCCGGUCUCCGUCGGUCUCUGACGUUCUUUGUUCUCCGGGGACACCCUGUCCUCUGGCUCCGGUCCACCGGAGCCUUGUUGACUCUGUGAAGCCGACAUGGAGCGCAGGAGCCGGUGCUGAUCCGGUUCCGUCCCGAUGGAUUUUACUUGACGGUCCGGAACUGUGUCUGUGGGGCCAAGGCUCGCUCUGCGGGGAACUGGGUCAAGGGGACCCAGUUCGGUCACUUCAACUUGAGGCUGGACUUAAAGCGGGUCGGUUCUGUUCUGCUGAGCUCCUUGCGUUCACUCCCGAGGUUGUUAGAUAACAACCGGACCUGUUCAUUGAGUUUUAAUGUCGUCCGGUACCGGAGAACCGGAGUCCAACUCGACCCAGUUUGUAAUCUUAUGUUUGGACUGAGGUUUGCUGGUAAGUUCUGCUGCAGGUGGAUCCAGUCAGUGUUGUAGGCUGGCUUUGCUGCUUUUAGAACCAGGUCUGAUUCAGACCGGUUCACUGAGGUCAGUUUAAGUCCAUUCCAGUUCAUUGGUGACCAGUAGAGGUCCAACUUCCUGGACCUAAGAUUAACUGGUCCUAGAUUUUCAAAACCUCUGGUCCUGGUUCUGUCCAUGUCUAAAUCUGGUUAAAUAAGGACAAUAUUUGGGUUUUGUCCAGAUCUUCCCUGGAUCUCCUCUAAACAGGGUUUGGUCCUGGUCCAAAUUUGGUUAAUCCCAGGUUUAAACCUGGGAUUAAUCUAGUUUUAAACUGGGUUCAGUUCUGCUUCCCCUCAAUAUGGCAGAGCACAACCAGACCUCCCCUACACUAUGCUGCUGCCGUAAAUCCCUGCCGGUCUCUGGGGGUCGGUGUGUUGGGGACCCCAGCCAGCCCUCGGCCGGUCCGAGGCCCGGUGCCCCACCCUGCCCCUUGGUGGACGUGGCCUCUGCCUCAAACUUCAUGUGCUUCCGACUGCGUCACUUUCACCUGGACCUGCGGUUGAACUUCGCAGCGAAGGAGAUGAGCGGAUGGCUGGUUCUGGACCUUGUUCCGGUCCAGCCGGGGGUCAACACUCUCAUCUUGGACUCCCACCCCUCCCUGUUGAUCCACUCCAUAGACUGUAAAGUUCCAGGGGAUGAGCCUAAGGAACCGACUUCCCUCACAUACCGGGUCGAUCCGUUUACAGACUACGGGUCAUCGCUCAUCAUCAGCCUACCUGAUGGAACGGUGAAACAAGACAAACUGAUCCAGGUCACAGUCCGCUACACGACCACAGAAGGCCCGGCGAUCUGGUGGCUGGACUCUGAGCUGACCUGUGGUCAGUCUCGUCCUCUGGUCUUCACUCAGGGACACUCGGUUUGUAACCGCUCCUUCUUCCCUUGCUUCGACACCCCUGCUGUGAAGAGCACCUACACGGCCACCAUCCGGGUUCCAGACGGUUUGACGGUUCUGAUGAGUGCCUCCCGGAGUUCUUACUCCAAACUGGAUCGAAUCUUCCAGUUUUCCAUGGAAUUCCCAGUGCCAUCCUACCUGGUGGCGCUGGUGGCCGGAGAGCUGCAGCACGUGGACAUCGGCCCGAGGAGCCGUGUAUGGGCGGAGCCAUGUUUAUUGUCUUGUGCGGUGAAAAAGUUAGGGGGCAGUGUGGAGCGCUGGCUGGGCGUGGCAGAGGACCUGUUUGGACCUUAUCUUUGGGGCAGGUGUGACAUCGUAUUCCUACCCCCCUCCUUUCCCAUCGUUGCCAUGGAGAACCCCUGCCUCACCUUCAUCAUUGCGUCUAUCCUGGAGAGCAGCGAGUUCCUGCUGAUUGACGUCAUCCAUGAGAUCGCACACGGCUGGUUCGGAAACGCCGUCACCAACGCCACCUGGGAGGAGAUGUGGCUGAGCGAAGGCCUGGCGACGUACGCGCAGCGGAGGAUCACCACCGUGGCUUAUGGUGAGGCCUUCACCUGCCUGGAAACUGUGGUCCGACUGGACGCUCUGCACAGACAGCUGCGUCUCCUUGGAGACAACAACCCUGUGAGCAAGCUGCAGGUCAAGUUUGAGCCAGGUGUGAACCCCAGCACGCUGAUGAACCUGUUCACCUACGAGAAAGGGUUCUGCUUCGUGUCUUACCUGUCGGAGCUCAGCGGGGACGUCAGGCGCUUUGACAGCUUCCUCAAGGACUACAUCUCAGAGUUUAAGUUUCAGAGCGUGGUUGCUCAGGACCUCAUUGCCUACUUCCUGCGGUACUUCCCAGAGCUGGAGGACGCCGCCGUUUCUCAGAGGGAAGGUCUGGAGUUCGAGCGUUGGCUCAGCGGCUGCGGACCGCCACCCUUUGAGCCAGACCUGUCAGCGGGGGGCGCUCUUAUCGGACCGGUCCAGGAAUUGUGUGACUUGUGGAGGAGCACAGAGCCGCCCGAUCAGCAGGCGCUCGCCACCUUUGACCUGUCUGCCUGGAGCACCUUCCAGGUGGUUCUCUUCCUUGACAGGAUGUUGGACCACUCGCCGCUGCCAAACGAGGUGAUGGCGAGGCUCUCUGGCUGCUACUCCUCCCUGUUUGAUGGCCUGAAUGCCGAGGUUCAGAUCCGGUGGCUGCAAAUGGUGGUGAGGAACACAUUCUACCCAGACCUACCCCGGGUCCGAGCCUUCCUGCACAAACACACCUCCAGGAUGUACACUGUCCCACUGUAUGAGGACCUGGUGGCUGGGGUGAUGAAGUGCGUUGCCGUGGAGAUCUUCUACCAGACGCAGCGGCGCUUGCAUCCCAACCUGAGGCGGACACUGCAGCUGAUCCUGUUCCCCAACAGCUCAGCUCCUACUAGUCAGAAUGGUGCGGUCCAGUCCAUCGUAGCUAGCUCCUCCCCCUCUGGUUCACCUCUUCAAACUCCUGCUACCACGGCGACCGCCUCUGCUGCUGGGACAACCGCCGCCAUGGCGCUGAGAGACGUUAAUGUGUCUGCAUGACGACCAUCAGGGCCCCUAGAGGUCCGUUAGGGUUUAAAAUCAGAUCGUUUUAUGUUCUCCGUUCUCUUUCAUCACAAUUGGUCCAAAAAGCAGAAGGUUCUAGAAUGAAAUGAUCUGCAGGUUCUCAGAUUUGUGGGAACAGGAACAUCGACCGCUCAGCUGGGGAUGGGGUAAAUUCAGUAAGACUUUGCUUUUUUCGUUGUGGCCUCAGUAGAAUCUCAACCUGGACCUGGGUCUAAUCCAGAUUCGGAACCGAAACCCAGCUCUGCAUGUGAACACCAGCAACAUUUAACACCCGGGUGGCCUUCAUCACCUCACUGUGAAACACUCCGACUGUUUUAAACUCUCCAUCCGAAGCAUGGAAAGUCAGGAUCUCUGACUGAUCCAAUCAGAUCCUCAGGAAUCUGCAGAGGCUGCAGACAGAAGUUAAACCUGUGAUCCCUGAUUGCACCAAUGUUUCUAAUCCACAUGGCUGAGGGCCGCGUCAAUGGAAUCAUUUCAGGCAAUGACCGAUAAUCUGAAAAGAUUAUAAAUCUGCUUUACUUUGCUGACAAUUUAAUUAUUUUAUUUAUUCUGUUUUUUUCUCUAACAAUCAAAAAUAAAAACAUGAAGUUGUUUUUUUGAUUCUGAAAACAAAAAAAAUCAAAC